AUGGAUGCACCUCCCCAGUGCCCGCCCGGAUACGAUGAAGUGCGGGAGAACUCGAAAUGCGGGUUGUAUUGUCGAGAUAUCGUGGGUUACACAUGGCGCUGUCCGUGCAAUGACUGGAUGUCGUGUGCUGUAAAAGAGAGAUAUUUGUGGGGGUGCGCCGAUGGUUACUACAGUAGCUUCAGGGUUCGAGAAUGCGCACAAGGUUUGUUUUUAAUGUAUUACAGUAGUUUAAAAAUUACAAAUCUAACAAACCGUACCAGCUAAAAAAUUGACUGACGCAAUCAACCUGCCUACCUAUCGACUUGCAGACUGACUGAUAAGACAUGAGUAGUUUUAAUUAUACAGUAAAAUGGGUUUUGCCCCGAGCGACGGCGCGAAGCGCCGUGCAAGGGUAUUAAUUUCCCCCGGCUAUUUACACCCGGGGGAAACAAAACCAUUAGCGAAGUCUAAAGUUCAUCAAUAAUCGCGGGCGUGGGUCACUGUGCGUGUUUCGGUGGAUGGUCAUCCUCACUGAUCUCAUAAUAUAGCGGACUGUCAUGAAUAGCCAACACAGAUUGGUCCAAUUUAAAAUUGGCAUUAUAACGGCUGCAUAACGACAGCGAAAUUGAUAUUUUGAUGAUUUCUUGCAAAUAUGUUUCAUUUUCGCAAGAUUUUGUAAAUUUCAAAAGAUUUUUGAUAAAAUAAAGGCAAAAGAAUUGCUAAAAGAAGGGAGUAAAUGUGCCGACGUUAACGAAGGUAAGUUUGUUUUAAAUAUUGAUGCAUUGUUUGCUUUUAAUAUACUGCAAUUAUUUUAAAAGCCGAUCGUUGCGUAUAAAUAUGAAACAAGACAGCAUAUUAUUUCAGUGUUUCUUUACUGAUUAUCCUUUUUAUUAUACUAAGCAAAGUUAUUUGCAUAGGAGAAUUUGGAAUAAUUUUAUUUCGAACCCAAAGUUUAUCGAUAAAGGCAGUUAAUUUUAGUUCUAUAUUAAAAGAACACUUUAAAACGUUUUGCGAAGCGUUUGUGGUUGACUUUUACUUUAAAUUGAAGCUUAUAUUACGUAUAAUAACAUACCUAACAUAUAUAUGUUUGGGAAAUUGAUAAUUUUGUAAUUAAAAGUGAUAUUUCUAGGGGAUUUUUCAUUUGUAAAAAUAUUCUUAAAAAAUUAUCGUGUAACCAUGACAACUACUUUAAAUACUUCACGUUCGGAAAAUGCGAUGGUUUUGUCAGCAAGGGGAGGGUUUUUGCAUGCAUGUAUUUUCUAGUACAUAUAGAUAACUGCAAUUUGCCUAUGUAUAUUUCUAGUAUUGAAUACAAAGUGAUAUGAACUACAAUUAGUUUAUCUUCUUUAGUGGUAAGGUCUGGUCGCUGUCCUGCUGGUGGGAGUCCGGGAUCUCAGCAAUCGUGUAACAGUGACACAGAUUGUCCGAGUGACGAAAAAUGUUGUAACUCGAUGUGUGCAACGAUAAUCACAAUAGGUAAGUGUGAUUCUAUUUAUUUUGUUUAAUUUAUACUGGUUAGUUUUACCAGUUAUAACAUGUUGUCUGUUCAGGCCCAGUAUUAAUGUGAUGGUCAUCCCUUAUUUUCCAAAUGUUACUAAAGGAGGAAACCGAAACCUAACAGUUCAUGAUUGUUUUCUUUUGAUGUAGAGCGGUGAUUAAAAUAGCGUUGCCAUCAUUGUUUCCAUCUAUCUAUCAAACUGACAUGACGCCAUGUGUUAGAUGGCUUUGUAACUGCACCCAAACCCUAGCCCCACUCUAACUCCUAACCCUAACCGCAUCCUUUACUCUAGCCCUAACCAAAUUAAUAAAAAGUCCAAAAAGGGACAACUUUAGAAAUUGACCAAAUGACGUAACGUCAAUUUGGUGGAUGGAAACAAGUGAAAACAGUUUACCCCGAUCUACCAGUUCAGGGUAAAUAAGCCAAGGAGAAUGGCAUUAGAAAUGAAUGAAUUAGAAUUGGCACGAUGCAGUUGCAAAAUCCCGACCCACAUAGACAUCAGCCGUACAGUACCCCAGACCUGUUACGCUCUAUGAUAACGUAAGAGUAUAGAUUAUUCGCUGCCAGAGAACAAACAGGUCAAAGCAGUAAAGCAGUCCAAACAUAUCCACAACAAAAUACUGGAUUGCGCAAACAGUUCCAAUCUCUUCGUCCUAGACCUAGACCUAGAGGCGUUUAUUCAAUUCGUUCAAUGGUACUGCAGGAGGAUAUGUACUCCUAAGCUGUAAACUAACUUUAUUUAUAUACUGAAUAUUACGGGAACCACUGAGUAUUUUAAUUAAUAAAAUAUAAAACAACGGUAACUCCGAAAAUAAACAUUUUAAUAUUCAAAAUAUAAUGAAUAUUAAAAUGUUUCUUUUCGGAGUUACCGUUGUUUUAUAUUUUAUACUGAAUAUCUCCAUCAAUCAUCAUAUGUAUAGGAAACUAGAGUACUAGGAGUAACUAUGCACAAACCACAUGUGCAAUGAACCUCUUCAAUCUUAAUUCAAAUUACAUCUAGACACUCAUUCGUGCCGGAAAAACAAUGGUGGAUGCGACCAGCUAUGCUUUGGGGUACCUGGUGGACGUAAAUGUGGCUGUGAGAAUGGAAUUGAUUAUGAUGAAACUCUAUCCAAAUGUCUAACCGAUACCACACCUACAAGCACACCACCACUACCAGCCACUACACCACCACUACCAGCCACCACACCACCACUACCAACCACCACACCACCAAUACCCACCACACCACCAUGUAAGUUUAUGCAGCGUGAGCGUAUUUCAUAGUACGUAUAUGAUAAGCUUAUAUAGGGCAGUGCUAUUAAUUGAACUCGUGAAAGUCCUGCAAAGGUCAUGUUUUGUUGUCAUGUGUUGCUAGAGGAGGAAACCUAAACUAGACUUAUUUUAUUGAUGCUGGAUAGUUCUAUCAGUUUUAAACUAUUAUCCCUAGAUCUAUUAGUAAGUGUCAUCCCUUAUUGAUCCAGUGUUACCACAGGAGUAAAUCUACACUAAAGUAACUUUAUUUAUGCUGGAUAGCUUUUUUAAGAUAUAUAGUAACCUGUUCACACUAUAGGUUCAGUAAAUGACUAAUUGUCAUGUACGUAUUGGUGCUGUGUUAUUACCAGGAAGAACUUGAACUGUUAAAGUGACAUUGUACUGGAUAGCUCUUACUAUCCAUUAUAAGCUGUACUGUCGAGAAGUUUUGUAAUUUAAUAAGGGUUAUCUCUCUUGAUCAUGACUACUACAGGAGGAACUUUGGUGUUUGCCAGAGUCUGCUGGGUGCACCCUUCUCAUGACGUAGGUGAAAUUGCAAUCCUGUUGAAAUGUAUUCAAAUAACUUUGUUUAGCUUGCACGCCACACCCAGCACCGGAGCACGGCUCGGUGACUUGCGAUGCAGACCCUGUGCCACAGUUUGGAAAAUGUCGUUUCACAUGCGACCAAGGAUACGAAUUAAAAGGAAACGCCUUGGAUAUAUGUGUGAAUGGUGAAUGGAUUGAUGAUACGCCUACCUGCAAUAGUAAGUGUAAUAAAAUAUCUUCAUUCAGAAUGGAUAGCUAUAUUUGUUUUCAAUUGUUCUGUCUAGAUCGGCUCAGCAAGGAUUAUUCCUUAUUGAUCCAGUGUUACUAUAGGAGGAAACCUAAACUAUGUAAGCUCUUUGCGUAUCAAUAGUGUAGACUGAUUUCGUAAAGUUUACGGGGGUUUUACUUGAGUAGCCUGGGGGGUUCGAAUUUCGUCUUGAACGCAGAUAGAGUAGAUGAAUAGACGUAUAGUCGGUAUAGAUUUCUUUAAUUCGGUGUUCAAAUAUAGCAACAAUCAAUAGACAAUCAAACGAGUUCGAACUAUAAGGAAAAAUAGUGACUAAACUAAAUACCAUGCAAUAGUUAUACUAAUAUACUAAAUAAACUUGACCAUGCUAAAUUACUGUCUAAAUAUAAUAUGCGCAUGCUUUCUAAACUAAUUAAGCAAACAAUACAAAUACAUAAAUCCUUCUUUGGUGUCCUCUUGUUCCUCAAGUAGUGUCUAGUAAUCUUUUCUUCGUUUUCCAAUAUACCGUUGAUAAUAUUCGAUCCUUACUGAUCGGUCGUACUGUUCUAUCUGAUCUAUCACGCAAGCCCCCUUUGCAUGUGACGUAACAAAUACAUGCCCAGAGGCGUGAGGGACGUUUCAAACUAACAAACUAAACUAAUUUUAUUUAUCCUGGAUACUUCUGUCAUUUCUAAAGUGUUCUUCCUGAGAUCCUUAAGGUUCAUAUAGCAUAUUGACCCAGUGAUACUACGGGUUAUCUCUUAUUAGUCCAGGAUUACUACAGGAGGAAACCUAUACUAAACCAAUUUAUGCUGGUUAGCCCUAUCAGUCUCAAACGGUUCUUCCAUGAUUAUCUCGUGUAUUGAUUGGUCAUUUGAUGCUUUUGAUGAACUACAGUACCAUCUCUUAUUUAUAUAAAUUUUAUUUUAGCCCGGACUAAACCGACAUUCUCUCAUUGUCCUAAUGAUACAAGUGUUCCCACAGACCCUGGGAAAAGUUACGGAACAGUAAAUUGGAACGUUCCCACAGCGGCGGACAAAGACGGAGUCAAUCUUAAUGUUGACAUUUUCCCCAGUGGUUAUGAUCCGCCAGUAAAAGUGAAUAUUGGACGGCACAAUGUUCGUUUAAGCACGAGCGACAAACAUGGAGUACACGCGUAUUGCUAUUUUCAUAUUAUAGUUGAAGGUUAGUUGCAUGACUACAUUAUAUUUUAAAUGUAAGGCCAGGAGCAAACGUCACUCUUCACAUGCGCCAAUGCUAAUACAAUUCAUUCGACAUUAAUAAAUAAAUGACAUACAAAAUAUUUAUACUGUUUCAUAUUUGAUGUAUAUACUGUAUUUUGUACCGUAAACUUUCCAAAGUGCAGGACUAUGUAGUUGCCUGGUCUUUCACAGUUAAUAUUACAGGUAGCAUCUACUCAUUUUAAGUUGUAGCCUAAUUUGUCAUCCUUUUCUUAUAUAGGUGCAUAUGAAACUUUCGCUAUUAUAAUUUAUUUAUAGAAGAAUUAAAAAAAAACAUUUCUUUUCUAAAUAAACCAAAACUUCACAGUCGCUGAUAAAUAUUUAACUUGUAUUCCAGCCUGCAUAUAGCUAAUAUCUAUAAUAAAAUACAUGCAGUACAGUAUAAUAUCACAGGUUGUAGCUUAAAGUAUUUGAAUAUUAAUAGAUUAUAGAUUGGCCUUUCGGCGCAUGAGAGUUGCAUAUAUAGUGCGACAAGACCUGUCGCUCCAACGUCUCACACUGAUCAUUUUAUUAAGGCACCCAUCACACAGUGUUCAUCUUAUAGGUUGUUAUUUACCAACUGAAUCUCGAGGUCUCGAGUGUAAUUAAGGACUGCAUGCAUCAAACGUCGCUCUUCUCAUGCACUGAACCUAAUAGCUGAAUUUAGUAUUUUCACAAUUUGGCACUUACACGGUUAUUUCAACAUCCGCUAUCUCAAACAUUUUCCCGCUUCCUCGUAUUUUUGAGAUAGCGGGGUUCCACUUUAACUAUCAUUAGAGACCUUACGAUUUUAGGACGGAAACGCGACGGCAACGGCUACCAAUACAAUAGAUCAUUGAAAAGAAUUGAAAAAUUACAAUAUAUGAAUAAUUUAGACAUUGUCCUCACUCUGUUUACAACGCCAAAUCACAGAUUUUCACGUCUUGAUACAACGGCUGCAUUUCAAGCCGUAACAAGUGCAACUUCAAACUGGGUUCAUGAUCAGGAGAACUUUUCCCAACCAUAAAACCCAUGUCGUCAACUUCUAAGACUGUAUUAAAUUCAUACGAUUGAUAAUGUACGACGAAUUAUCUUUACUACCAUUUAUUUGAAGGAGUUUGUUUUGGUCGUCGUGGACGCGUUGCCAUCCUAAAAUCGUAAGGUCUCUAUUAUUAUUGCAGAUCGAGAGCCGCCGACCUUUGGUUCAAGCUGUCCAAAUGACGUCACACUAUACACAGAUAACGAGGAUUCUGUCCGCUUACCUUCCUCUGUUAAGAAGCCAGUAGCCAUAGAUAAUGCAAAACCACCCAACCUUUACAUUAAAAGCUACACUCAUGACUCUUAUUUCCCUAUUGGCACCACCAUGGUGAAUUACACUGCUGUGGAUGCCGCAGGCUUAUCUGCAAGUUGUAUUUUUUGUGUGACUGUUGUCAGUAAGUAAUUUAUUGUUAGUAACAUGAGCUUUAUUUCCACUGAACCCCGAAGUUUGAGAUAUCCUUUUCAUCAUGAAAAAGACAACUCAAACUUCGGGGUCCAAUGCAGAUAGUAUUCUACAAUAAGCUGCUUUAGUAGUGCAAAGAAGCCAACUUGACCAAAUCAAUUCUGACGUGUUCCCUUGAACUUCUUUUCAGACGUAUGCCGCGGUGUGACUUGUACACAUGGUGCGAAAUGUGCCCUGGACAAUACAACUGGGAACUCUUACACAUGUGCCUGUAACUCAAUCUGCCCACAGGAUUACGACCCUGUUUGCGGCUCAGAUAGUCAGACUUAUAAUAACGAAUGUCUCAUGAAUGUCACAAGAUGUUUGUCACGUAGAAAUAUUGCGGCUGUUAGCAAAGGAACAUGCGAAGGUACAGAUUAUCAUUGUCGUUCGCCUCCACCCGGCGAACCCGUUCAGCAUUGUAGAACUGGAACGCGAAUAAAGAGGACUCUCAAAGUGGCUUGGGCAGGCUAGGGUAACAAGGCAGGGGGUAACAAGCAACAUGAUAAACAUGCAUGAAUGUUGCAUUUACACUCAAAAUACAAGAAAAGUUCGCUUCUUUGGUUUGGUGACAUUUUCUGUGAUUUGUUCUGUCUUUCUGCAAUGUAACAGUUAAUGACGAAUACCGAGAUAAAAUUCACAUUUCGCAGCCGUCAUCUGUUAAAAUGUAGAGAAAAACGAAGAAUGUAUCUUUCGAGUGAAUGUAUCACUACAAGAAAAACUGAACAACAGGCUACAGAAGCAGUAGUGGGGAGGCUCUUGUAUUUUGACUGUAACGUCUCCUAUUAUAGCUAGGGAAGCUAGUACAUGAAGGAGCCGCCACGUGAGUGAUCUAAUUGCAUGAACAAAGUAUUCAAGCACAAAUUACAAAAAUCAUUAACGCAUCAUUUUAGCACUACACACGAUUGUAAAGAACAUUCCAGGUUAUGAUUAUGCAAUGCACAUAAAUAAUGGUCGCUCAACCCGUCAGAUGGACGAAAAGUUUUAACUUAGGGGGUCUACACCCUUGAGCGCGUUCCAUACGUCGUGAAGCGUGGCAAUGCGUUUGUGAUGCCACAGUGAGCUCUCUAUAUAUGCACGCAGUAAUAUUUUCAGUCGAAGCGUUUUUGUGCAUGGAAAUUUUUGACCGGAAAAUUAUAUUAUCCAAGGAACAGCUGUGAGAAUUGUAAUUCUGGCAGGAAUUGAACCUCCGCCUCUGCUGUUCCUGUACAGCGCUUUAACCAACUGAGCUACAAAAGUGAAGCCAAGUUAUUGCAAGAGAAAUGAGGAUGAUGGAAGUUGACUUUCCUUGCCGCAAAACCUUUCCAGGGUCUAGAUGCGCCUUUAGGAAAUGAUAAUCUCUACAGGGUUUUAGAAACUUGUACCAAAAUUCUCGACAAUUUUCGCUGUAUUCCCACGUUUUAAAAGUAGAGCUGAGGCUGUGAUAAUAAGUGCAAUAUGAAAAUGUUCGACAUAUGAAACAGUAGAGUUUCGGAUUUCUUCGUACAACUUUAAUUAAGGAUGUUAAAGAUUUUGGAACUUUUCUAUGACAUGCACAGCACGAAUACAAUUUAUGCUCAACGAUACCAUCACUUUAUUUCGGGUGACGAUUGCAAAACAAAAACAUGCAGAUACGGGGCAUCAUCUAUAGUUCUUGGGGACAAAAUCCAGCGCCGGUGCACUUAUCUGGUCACAUGUCCAAGAACAUAUGAUCCAGUCUGCGUCUCCGACUUACGGAUUUGUGACAACGAAUGCAAGAUGCGUAAAGCUGUACGUAAAAUGUGCUUUUAAAUGUUACAUCUAAUUUUUACUUUUUAUCUUUCAGGCGUUUGCAGCACAGUGCAAUGUGAUCAUGGGGCAACGUGCAAAGUUAUCGGUGGUGUAGCGAAAUGUGCAUGUGACUUCACAUGCACAGAUAGCAAAAGUCUAGUUUGCGGUUCAGAUUUACAAACUUAUGACAAUGAAUGCAAAAUGCGUGAAGCUGGAUGCAAAGCAAAGAGAAAUAUCAUCGUUCUUGUGAAUGGAAAAUGCGGUUAGUUUGUUCACAGUUUAUAAUAAGCUAAUUUUAUUUAUACUGGAUAGCUUCAGCUGUUUUAAACGGUUCUCCAUAUAUAGAGGUCCAGUCAAUAUCAUCCCAUAUUGAUCCAUUGGGACUGCAUGAGGAAACCUUAACUAAAUGGGCCUCCCCAAACUGCUCCAGCAUUAGAAUGAUUUGAGCCUACCUAUGGCAACCCUAAUAUAAGCCGGAUUUUGAUGUAAAAUACUGGGGGAGAUGGAAAAUUUUAACAAAUCAGCAACGGUCUGAGCCCCACUGCAUGUCCCUGUUAUGUUAAGGUUUGCGACAAUAAUAAUGCGAUUUUGUCCAUCAUUUGACUUGCUUUAUUCUUGAAUGGUGGUGUAAGAAUUAUUGCAGAAGUUGUGUAAACUAUCUAAGUAAAACAUGAUUAUGAAUGUUACAUGCAUGUAUUUUACUCACUUUAUCUUUCAGGGGACUGCAGCACAGUGCAAUGUGCGUAUGGGGCAACAUGCAAAGUUAUCGCAGGUGUAGCGAAAUGUGAAUGUGACUUUACAUGCGCAGAUAGCAAAAGUCUAGUCUGCGGCUCAGAUUUACAAACUUAUGACAACGAAUGCAAAAUGCGUGAAGCUGGAUGCAAAGCAAAGAGAAAUAUCAUUGUUCUUGUGAAUGGAAAAUGCGGUUAGUUUGUUGGCAGUUAAUAGUAGAUUUAUUUAACAUUAUUUAUACUGGAUAGCUUUAUCUAUCUGUGAUAAGCAGUUGGCCCUGGAGAUCCAGUCACGAUCAUUCCUUAUUGAUCGAGUGAGACCAUAACAGGAGACCUAAAUGGGUGACACAUUGCUGGUUCAACAACGGUCUGGGUUGCAGUGGCCUUGCAUGUGAUGUUAAGGUUUCGCAGUUACCGGGUAAAGGCCUACCUAAAAUGAUUUUUGUGAUUGGCUUUCAGAAACAUAUCAGAAACAAAAAUGAUCACUGUUCUUGACUCGUUCUUUAGAAAGACGAUUUCUAUAGUUUUAUUGUCUUUCAUUGUUAUAAUCAACCAACCACGAGCUCGGAUAGUAUAAAAGGAUGAUGACCCGGGCUACUAUACUCUGACAAAGUACGGUUCAGAGAAAUUUUGAUUUUUCGUCCAUCGUUCAACAUUCUCAAAGGGAGUUGCAUGAAUUGUAUUAGAGCAGGCGCAAAAAUUCAAAGUAAAAUAUCCUUUUGAAUGUUGCAUUUACUUUUACUCUUUAUCUUUCAGGCGACUGCAGCACUGUGCAAUGUGCGUAUGGGGCAACUUGCAAAGUUAUCGCUGGAGUAGCGAAGUGUGAAUGUGACUUUACAUGCGCAGAUAGCAAAAGUCUAGUCUGCGGCUCAGAUUUACAAACUUAUGACAACGAAUGCAAAAUGCGUGAAGCUGGAUGCACUACGAAGAAAAAUAUCACUAUUCUUGUGAAUGGGAGAUGCGGUUAGUUUGUUCACAGUUAAUAAUAAGCUAAUUUUAUUUAUACUGGAUAGCUUCAGCUGUUCUUUAUUUAUACUGAAUAGCUUCAGCUGUUCUAAACGGUUCUCCAUAGAGGUCAACUCAAUAUCAUCCCCUAUUGAUCCAUUGCGACUGCAUGACGAAACUUUAACUAAAUGGGUGCCUCCUUACCGAUCCAGCAUUAAGGUGAAUUGAGUCUACCCGUGGAACCCUAAUACAAACUGGAUUUUCGUGUAGAAACUGCGGGAGGCCGAAAAAUUUAAUAAACUUGCAACGGUCUGUGCCCCACUGCCCCUGUUAUGUUGUGGUUCUUCCUCGUUCGCAGGGCUUCUCGGCUGCCUGUGUUGCGCAGGCAGCCGAGAAGCCCUGGGAACGAGGAUGGUUGAGGUUUUGGAGUUUGUCUGUUAUUUUGGUCCAUUUGUUCACUUGCUUAAUUCUUAAAUGGAGAUGUACAGGAAUUAUUGUAGAGGAGGUGCAAAAUAUCUUAGCAAAACAUGAUUAUCAAUGUUACAUGUACUUUGUAUUUCAGGCGACUGCAGCACAGUGCAAUGUGGGUAUGGGGCCACAUGCAAAGUUAUCGGUGGUGUAGCGAAAUGUGAAUGUGACUUCACAUGCACAGAUAGCAAAAGUCUAGUCUGUGGCUCAGAUUUACAAACUUAUGACAAUGAAUGCAAAAUGCGUGAGGCUGGAUGCAAAGCAAAGAGAAGUAUCAUUGUUCUUGUGAAUGGAAAAUGCGGUUAGUUUGUUGGCAGUUAUAAUAGUAGAUUUAUUUACCAUGAUUUAUACUGCCGGCUCUAUCUGCAGUGAUAAACAGUUCCUUAUUGAUCGAGUGGGACCAUAGCAGGAUACUAUAUUUAAAUAGGUGACCCCUUGCUCGUUCAGCAAAGGUGUCGGAUGCAGUCUCCCAGUGAUAUUAAGGUUUCGGACUUACUGUACUCUAAGAACGUACGUUUCAGACAAAUUUUGAUCUUCUGUCCAUCGUUUGACAUUCUCAAAGGGAGUUGCAUGAAUUAUUCUAGGGUAGGGGCAUAAAUCCUAACUAAAAUAUCAUCUUGAAUGGUGCAUUUAUUUUUACUCUUUAUCUUUCAGGGAACUGCAGCACAGUGCAAUGUGGGUAUGGGGCCACAUGCAAAGUUAUCGCUGGUGUAGCGAAAUGUGAAUGUGACUUCACAUGCACAGAUAGCAAAAGUCUUGUCUGCGGCUCAGAUUUACAAACUUAUGACAAUGAAUGCAAAAUGCGUGAAGCUGGAUGCAAAGCAAAGAGAAAAAUCAUUGUUCUUGUGAAUGGAAAAUGCGGUUAGUUUGUUGGCAGUUAAUAGUAGAAUUAUUUAACAUUAUUUGUACUGGAUAGCUUUAUCUGUGAUAAGCAGUUGUCCUUGGACAUCCAGUCACCAUCGUUUAUUAUUAAUCGAGCGGGACCAUAACUGGAGACAUAAAUGGAUGACACCUUGCUUGUUCAACAACCGUCUGGGCUGCAGUGUCCUUGCAUGUGAUGUUACGGUUUCGGAGAUACCGGGUAAAGACCUACCUAAAAUGAUUAUGUUUUGUGAUUGGCUUUCAGAAACAAAUCAGAAACAAAAAUGAUCAUUGUUCUUGGCUCGUUCUUUAGAAAGGCGAUUUCUAUAGUUUUAUUGUCUUUCAUUGUUAUAAUCAACUAACCACGAGCUCGGAUAGUAUAGUAAGAUGAUGACUCGGGUUACUGUACUCUCACAAAGUACGGUUCAGACAAAUUUUGAUUUUUCGUCCGUCGUUUGACAUUCUCAAAGGGAGUUGCAGAAUUGUAUUAGGGCAGGCGCAAAAAUUCUAAGUAAAAUAUCCUUUUAAUUUUGAAUGUUGGAUUUACUUUUAUUCUUUAUCUUUCAGGCGACUGCAGCACAGUGCAAUGUACGUAUGGGGCAACUUGCAAAGUUAUCGCUGGAGUAGCGAAGUGUGAAUGUGACUUUACAUGCACAGAUAGCAUAAGUCUAGUCUGCGGUUCAGAUUUACAGACUUAUGACAAUGAAUGCAAGAUGCGUGAAGCUGGAUGCACCACGAAGAAAAAUAUCACUAUUCUUGUGAAUGGAAAAUGCGGUACGUUUGUUCACAGUUAAUAAUAAGUUAAUUUAUUUAUGCUGGAUAGCUUCAACAGUUUUAAACGGAUCUCCAUAGAGGUCCAGUCAAUAUCAUCUUUAUUGAUCCAUUAGCACUGCAUGAGGAAACCUUAAUUAAAUGGGUGUCCCCUUACUGCUCCAGCAUUAGAGUGAAUUGAGUCUACCCAUGGUAACCCUAAUACAAGUCAGGUUUUUGUGUAGAUAGUGCGGGAGGUCAAAAAAAUUAAUAAACUUGCAACAGUCUGAGCCCCACUGUCCCUUUUAUGUCGAGGUUUUGGAGUUCUGCUAUUCUGAUCCAUUAUUUCAGUUGCUUAAUUCUUAAAUGGAGGUGUAGGAAUUAUUGUAAAGGAGGUGAAAAAUAUCUAAUUUGCAUGUAUUUUCAUCUUUCAGGCGACUGCAGCACAGUGCAAUGUGGGUAUGGGGCCACAUGCAAAGUUAUCGGUGGUGUAGCGAAAUGUGAAUGUGACUUCACAUGCACAGAUAGCAAAAGUCUAGUCUGUGGCUCAGAUUUACAAACUUAUGACAAUGAAUGCAAAAUGCGUGAGGCUGGAUGCAAAGCAAAGAGAAGUAUCAUUGUCCUUGUGAAUGGAAAUUGUGAAACAAAAGGUUAGUUUAUAAAAUAACCUGAUUUAUACUGGGUUGAUCUCGCUGUUAUAAACAGUCCAAUCAGGGUCAUUCUUUUUGAUCCAAUGGGACUCAGCUCAGAUUUACGGAGUUAUAGCAAUCAGUGCAAAGAAAAAAUGUUGAACGAAUUUGUAAUUUCCAGUAUAAAUUUUAUACAUAUAUUAGACCUAACCAGGCUCUCGUGCAGGAAUCAAACCUGUGGCCGUGCGAUGCCGGUGCAGCCAUAGAUAUCUUAUAUACACUAGAUAGGGCAUCUAAUUAUUCUGCAAUUCAAAAAUUGAAGCCGUGACUGCAGACUCGGGAUAUUUCAAUGAAAUGAGUAGAUUCGUAUAUGUCUUCUUUUUCUUAAACAGGGAACUUAAACAUUAAGUUAAACCUAUUCCAAAUACAUUUUUAAACUACUGUAUUCAAGUGAUGAAAAUUAUUGUUGUUUUUUUAAGCAUUUAUUAGCGAGUGGGAACUACCAACAUGGCAUCUAUUCAAAUGGGGCUAAAAGAGAUGCGCUAUCUAUAGUGUAUAUAAGACAUCUAUGGGUGCAGCACUCUAACCAAUUAAGCUACAGAACACAGUUGUCGAGCUCUAACCGCAAAUUCAUGCAUACUCAGGCCUUAAAAUAUCUUUUACAUGGACGUCUGACAAAAUGUCCCAUGACAUUGAUUUUGGGUCGGACAUAUGUUGGAUGACCUUCAUUUCAGUUUUGACUCGGAAAUAGGUCUGAAUGACACUUGACAUGGUCUUUUAUUUUAGUGGUACUUGCCGGAAAAAAUUUUAAACUUUUUUUUAAAUGUCUGGAAAAUUUUUUUGGAAAUGUCCGCAAAAAUAGGGGUCCCGAAUUAAAUAUUUGCCCCUGGCCCCUGAAUUUCUCUGUAAGGCCCUAAUCACCUACAUAAGAAGACAUGAAAUGAAUUUGUGCUCUUUAUCUUUCAGGCGACUGCAGCAGAUUGAAUUGUAAAUAUGGAGCUACAUGCCAGGUUAUAAAAGACUUAGCACAAUGUGAAUGUAACUUCACAUGUCUUGAUAGCAGAAGUCCAGUCUGUGGUUCCGACGGAAGAACGUAUAAAAAUAUAUGCGACUUACAGAAGAAACAAUGUACUGAGAAGAAAUAUAUCAAUGUUAUUAAAAAUGAGGCAUGCGGUGAGUUGGUUGUUCACCAAGGCCUGAUUAAGAUUUCGUUAGCACGAGAAUGGACGCGUAUUUGGAACCAUACACAGAUUUUCCGGUUGUAUUUGCUCACAUAGGAAUGUGUAUGGUUAACUGUGCUGCAAUACGUUCACAAUGCUCAAAGGCUAAAUGUACUGUACUGUACCCUACCGUGCUGCACCGUAUCAGAGCCGUAGCCAGGAUUUCUGGUCAGGGGCGGGGGCAGCAAAAACCUUCGUGGGGCCAGGGUUCACUUAUUUUUGUAGAAUGAUUUUUCUCAGGCGGGGGCAAAAUUUUACCAGAGAGGGGUCCCCCCCCCGGCCCCCGCCCUGGCUUCGCUUUUGCACAGUAUUGUAUCUCACUGUACUCUGCUGUGCUGUGCUGUUAUGUGCUGUGCUGUGCUACAUUGCACUGCGCUGUGCUCUGUUCUACUUUACUCUGCAGUGCUGUACAGCAUUUCAUCCCAGUAAAAAACUUUUUCUUUGCAUUUUAAACCUAUAUGCUAUUUCGUCAUUGAAUAGGCUGUGAUGAUCUCAAUUUGAGUUCCGAAGAUUUCAAAAACACAAGCGAAAUGGCAUGUCAAAACAUCGCAAACUCCGUGAAAUGUGAAGUAAGAUGCCAGGUUGGAUACAAUGCAGUGUUUCCGAAUUUCCUAAAGUUGCAAUGUUAUGACAACAAAUGGAUACGCAAAAACAAUAUUGAAAAAUAUGUCAGACUUCCAAACGAAAAUGCUCCUCCAAGAUGCUAUAGUAAGUUAACUGAGACUUUCUAGCUGACGAAUUAUAAUCUUGAUUUCAGUCGCAUAUGUGUAAAAAAUUACCAAAUUUUCAUCCAAUAAAUUCCUGGGAUAACCAGUACGUCCAGUUUCCUAUUAUAAUAAUGCUGGAUCAAUAAGUUACAGCAGGGAAAUUACUGGCCCCCAGGGGAGAGCAAUUUGGAACAGAUAGAGCUUUCUAGUAUAAAUAAAUUUAGUUUAGUUUAGUUUAGCUUAGUAAUCACGUUACGGGAACCAUAGAGUAUUUCAAUAAAAUACAAAACAACGGUAACUUUCUACCAAGUUUUAGUCAUCAUACUAAAUCACGAUGCGUAAAACUUGAUCCAGAGCUAGACAAUAUUAAAAUGUCCAUUUUCGGAUGCAUUAACGUGUCGGGAUCAAUUAGCCAUUCCGAAGUUGAUGAGAGGACUGGGGACGAGUGUUAAAAAGUGCCCAAAUUAAGAAAUGAACCAAAUGACAUCGCAAAUAUCUGGGGGGUGCUGCUGCUUGCUUUGGCCGGGGCCUGGUGGCAGCGCCCGGAAAGGCCAAGGAAAAAGUUUAACAAAAUUUGUUUUGAAGGCCAGCAUGGCGAGAUCUGAGACCAUAAUAUUGGUAAUUUUACAAAUUUAGUAGUAACAAUAAUCAAAUAUGAAACUAUCAAAUCAAAAUAUGUAUAAUUAUCGGAUAUGUAAAAACUUUUGGGGCGGUGCCAAAUGCUUGCCUGAAAUGGCUAAAAAAAGUACCACCUCAAAAUUAGUAAGCUUUCGAAAAUUGUGAAAUUACUGAUUAAAAGAUUGUUUUUGGGACGCGCGUCCCUAAAACAAAAAUUACAAUACAUGUCAUAGUAAAUGUCACAAUUUUCGAAAGCUUAUUAUUCGAAGGGUAUUUAUGUAAACGUCGUCAAGCUUUGUAUACUUACUAAUUGUGAGGUGGUCUCUUCAGUGAUUUGGUUCAUUUCUUAAUUUAGGCACUUUUUAACGCUCGUACCCAGUCCACUCAUCAACUUCGGAAUGGCUAAUAAGAGAGGGAUAAAUGAAGUUAGUUUAGUUUAGAACUCAAAUUAACGUUCGCUACUGUGCUUUCUAUUCUGUCACUAUUAAUUUAUUUAAACUAGAACCAACGCCAAAGAGUGUUUCAGCUCCAUACUGUCGAAGCGGUUCUGUGUUGAUGGAUAGAGACAUAUGUGGUAAAUGUUUAUUGAACAAUUUCGAUUGGGGGUUGCAACUUUACGAAAGCAUGCAGUAAAACAAUGAUGACAUGCCCAGUUAUCGUUGUUUAGUUUACGGAAGUACGGAAUAAAAUUCAUGUAAUUAAGCAUUAUAUAUGUAACUAUAUUUCUAAUUCAUAACCAAAUCGUAGUGUGUUCUGACUUCGAUUUAAACUUGAUCAGCGAAAUCUUUCUUUGGAAGAAAACUGGAUUAGCUGGAUGGGGGGGGGGGGGUGAAAACUGUUUACAAAACAAUAACAACCAAAAGUGACAACGAAUUUUUUAAAGAAUUCGUAUGUCUGCUUCUGUAAUAGUUCUAAACAAAACAGUAUUUACACGGUUUAAAUCAAAACCUUUAGUAAUUCUAUUCGUUAGAAAUAACUAUAAAGAAUAGCUUCUAUAAAUAAAUGGUGGUGAUAACCAAAUCUUAUUUUUAUUGUUUAGUACCAUGCCCUCCUGGUAGUUAUUACAACAAAGAUGGAGCAGUAUGUGCACCGUGUGCGGUGACAAUGUACCAAGGGGAGUCUGGAAAAACAGAUUGCAAGAAAUGUCUGUCACCAAAGACCUCCACGAUUACAGGAGCUGAGGGCUGCUACUUUGAUCAUAGUAUGUCAAUAUUAUAUGUGGUUAGGGUUUAAUUACAAUAGCGAAUGUCGUAAACAAAACCAAGACCAGAUUUUGGUAGAAAUAGUGGAAGAGGUGGAAGCAAUUUAGGGUAGGUCCCCAUUGGAAACUGGGGCUUAGAACAUACCCACCCCCUCCCUAACGUCAACUAUGUGACUAAUUAUGUAUCUACUGUACAUAUAUCUUUCAGUGUAUUUAUGAAUUAUGACCGUACGACCCAUUUGCUUUUGCCUUGCAUUGCAUGACUACAGCCUAUACGUUUCUUGUGAAAUAUUGCAUUAAAAGGGUACUUGCUCUGAGCAACAGGUCGGUAAAAAUUUGUCAAAUUUUUACUUAGAUAUAUCAUUUAACCAUUCAGCUGACGGGAAGAUGCAUAACGUUUCAGAGCAAACAAUCUCAGGGGAGGUGCAAAAUCAUCUUCGGGGAGGAGGUCCAUACCUUCUCACACCUCCCCAAAAAACCCGCCAUGAAUAAAAAACAUGAAGAAUAACCAAAUUCAGAGAUAAUAACAAUGAUACAUUCUAUGUCUGGUUGUGGUGUAGAACUUAGGUCAAAUUUUGCUAAUGUUACUCUGAGUGUUUCCGCGCCAGGAAAGCUGAAAAAUUGCUUGUCCGCGGUAGAAAGUGAGCCCAGUGUGGAGGCGCUCAGAAUAACAUCACCUACAUCAGCAAAAAUAAUUCCCGCAUUUUGUUUACUGUUUAUUUCUAUAGGCUCGAAUGAUGUCAAAAUGGUGUUUGAGAAAAAACGAUCUGAAGUGAGUAGAAAAACUAAUAAACAAUUAUUGAAUGAGGGUGAGCAUGCAUAAUAUCAAGAAUUAUUCAAAUAUUUGGUAAAACAGUUUAGAACUGAUUGAACUGUGCAGUAUAUAUAUAUAUAUAUAUAUAUAUAUAUAUAUAUAUAUAUAUAUAUAUAUAUAUAUAUAUAUAUAUAUAUAUAUAUAUAUAUAAUAUAUAUAUAUAUAUAUAUAUAUAUAUAUUCAGUCAAGGUUUGAAUGUUUGCGUCGCUACUCUGAGUUUCACGCUUUACGCGAUCAUCAGGCAACUGACAGAUAUUAUUCAAUAUUCAUAAUAAAUAUAGGUUAUCAUUUUACAACUUGAUUAAGCAGGUAUCUGGUUACAUGUCUACAUUUGGAAAACAAGUCAGAGCGUUUGUUCAGGCAUUCAGUUUUCUUCGCUUUCAUAAUAAGUAGUUUCUCCUCGAGGCAUAAAUUACACCGUUUAGAUCCUGGUUUGUAUGCUUUAUUGUAUACUGACUUUUUUCUGACUUCAGUUUCCAGACGUACUUGGACAGUUCGGUGUUGCUCUUGUAUUCCUCAUGUCGGAAAGACUUAGUGUGAUUGCGGUAUCUUGUUUUGAAAUCGCCCGCCGUCAUGCCAAUGUAUAUUUUCUUUUUCCUGGUUGUUGGCAGUGCUGGUUGUCACUUCGGCUUUGUAUACGCUGCUCUCAGUAAGACAUUUUUUACCAAGUGGACAGUUGGCGAGUUUUUGGCAGUUGCACAUUGGCGUGUCGUUUUUUGUAGGUGUUGGUAUUACCGUUGGUAUGGAUGAUUGUAUUACCCUAG